AUGUCUUCGCAUAAGUCAGAUGUUCGAUCCGAUGUUUGGGCCCAGCUAAUCAAGGUUGCCCGUCCUGACUCGAGGUUUCACUUCAACUUUGCAGAGUUUAUUGCAGAUUUCGAAGGCUCCUCCGAGGCCACUUCGAGAUUCAAAAGAGAGCCCUCAUACACUGAAUCCAAGGUGCUUUUCAUCACUCCAGACAACUGUCUCGAAGAGCUCAGAUUUGAAGCCCUUAAAGAUGGUAAAACUGUGCUCAUGACAACAUACGGCAUCUAUAGAGGUUUCUGGAUGCUUGACCCAGAUGAAAUCGAUCCGCGAAGAUACGAGUAUGCGUCAACCUUAGAUGGUAUGGAGAAGGUCGGCAGACAGGUGACAUUGAGGCAAUUGAUGGACAUGAAACUCCAUGUAGAUGUGAUGAUCACGGGAACCGGUGCCAUUAACAGAAAAGGCAUAAGAUUUGGCAAAGGACACGGAUUUUUUGAUUGUGAGUGGGCGAUGUUGUAUACUAUUGGUUGUAUUGACAAAUCCACGCCUGCAGUUGCGUUUGUGCAUGAUUGUCAGCUUUUGGAACAAGAGCUUGAGCCAGAAAUCUUCGACACCGUUUGCGACAUUGUCGUCACAAACACACAAACUAUAAAAGUGGAUCCGGUCCCUAAGCCAUACUGCGGAAUACUCUGGGAUUUACUGGAUCCACACAUGUAUCAAACUAUUCCACCAUUACAGGAACUCAAGGCUAUGAAUCUUCCUGUUCCAAAAUAA